AACAAUUCAAAAUCACUUCAUAAUAAUACGACUAAACUUUGAUAUAAGUGUGGUGUGAAAUUUUAAACACUUAUGUAUAUCUUGUUUAUUUGAUUGAUAAGAAAGGGUGUAAUGUUUUGAACAAAGUAUAAACGUAAAGUAUGGGGUCACGAAAGGAAGAAGUGAUAGUGACGAUUCAUAUGGAAAACGAAACUGGCUCAGAGACCACCGAGCUGCUUGAACUACAAGAAAAAACUGAAACAAGGAAGAUAACAGUUCUUGAUAACGAGUUUAUACACAAUGUCACGCUUGACACAACUGUUCUGGAUGGUCUGAUUUCUAAGUGCAUCCUAACUAUUGAAGACAGAGAAGAGAUAAUGAAACAACCAAGUAUGUCAGAACGGAACAGGAUGAUCCUACGCAUUCUGAUGGCCAGACCAUACAGUACAUUUGAAACUUUUACAGAGGAACUUAUAAAUUUUGAGCAAAGUAAGAUGGCUCUUGUAUCUAAAUUGAGCAACUACGAUUGUCAUGGCGGUAUUCGUCUUCCUUCAGUAUCAACGAUGGAUAUAAACAAUCAUACAAUCCAGCUACAAAAGAAUUUCAAAAUAUUGGUUCAUCAACUAGCUACUGCUGAAUCCAUAGGAGACGAUCUCAUUAGUGCAGAAAUACUGUGCCAAGAAGACUAUGCUGAAAUUUGUGCUCAGUUUACAAAAGAGCAAAGAAAUAGGCUACUUUUAACUAAGCUGAUGCGCAAGGACGCUGAUGCUUUCACAUGUUUUCUUUCGGUUUUAAAAGAGGAUACCAGUUAUGAAGAACUUGCAAGACGAAUAGAGCGCACAGAGGUUACAAAUGAGGACAAAAUUUUACUUCAAGUUGGAAGAAAAGCUGCAAAGGAAAAGAACGAAAAUACAAGAGGAAUACAACAAUGUGUGGAGACUGAAAAUAUAAUUCCAAAGAACAUACAAGACCAACACACUGUCCUUAUAGAGCAAUGGAGAACCGAAAACAAAACAUUUGUUUCAACAAGAGCAGCAGAAGAGGUACUGAAAAGAAUCAGGAAUAAUAUCAGCGUUAUCGUUUCCGGAAAUUCAGGCGUUGGUAAGACAGCUACUAUGAGACACGUAGCUCUGUUGUUGCAGAAUGAAGGAUAUCGUAUUAUUCCCACAAGUAAUCCAGAAGAUUUAAGAAGUUUUGCUCAAAAAGGGAUUAAAACUCUUUUUGUUAUUGAUGACAUUUGCGGUCAUUAUACUCUCAAAGAGCAGCAGGUUGAUAAAUGGGAGGCAAUAUUAGCAGAAAUUCAACCAUUUCUUGAACAAAAUCAAUGCAAGAUAGUUGCUACUUGUAGAUUACAAGUGUUUAAAGAUGACAAAUUCAGAACCUUAUCACUUUUUAAUGUAUGCGAAUGCAAUCUGAAUUCAGAGGGGAUCAAUCUUACUCAAGAAGAAAGGCAAAAGUUAGCUGAUAUGUACUUUAAAACACGAGCUGUUGAGGUAAAAGGUCGUUUUGAUCAGUUUGACUUUUUCCCCUUGUUAUGCAAGUUAUAUCAGAAAAGCAAUUAUAACGAUAUCAAUAAUUUUUUCAAUAACCCAUUUGAAUUUUACAGGAACGAGUUUGAGCGUUUAUUAAUCGAAGAUGAGCGAGGUAGACUAAAAUAUUGUUGCCUGGUCCUUUGCGUGAUAUUCAACAAUAGAUUCGAUGAAAAUAAAUUGAAAAGUAAAGACACCAAUAUGCAGGAUCUAAUUAAAGAUACAUUGGAUGCAUGCAAAUUAAACAAAGGUACUUCAGUUGAAUAUUUGAAAGAUGAAUUAAAAACACUAGAACACACAUUUUUAACAAACAUAAAUGGCACUUACAGAACAAUUCACGACAAAUUAUUUGAUUUUCUUGCCCAAAUUAUUGGGGGGAAAUAUGCAGAUUUGUGCAUCAAAUAUUGCAGUACAGAGUUUAUACGAGAGCGAUUCAUUUUGAAGUCGAUCGAUACCUCCGACAAAGACGUACACACAAAUCUCCCAAUUACGUUAGCUGACAACAAUAUUGAUGUCUACUUAACACGUAUGAUACAAGAUUGGUCCAGAGGUCUAGUUGCGAGUGUUUUUGGCAAUAGAAAUAUGAAAAAUGAAGCAUUCGUUUACAAGCUAAAGGAAAACUUACAAAACUUAGAUGAGUCCAAAAAACAAGUACUUGCAAGAAAUAAAGACACACAAAGCAGUGACUAUCCAUUGUUGCUAAGUUGCUUCAUUGGUAAUGUUAGCCUUACUGAUUGGAUACUAGAAAACUCAAAUAUUUCUGUGAAAAAUAAAAACUAUCGAAAAUUUGUUACGCAUAUGAAAAGCAAAAUCUCUGAAUAUCAAAACAUAAAUAUGCGAAGACAUAAUAAUACAACACCGUUGUACGUUGCUUGUGAAAAUGGUCAUUUACAACUUUUGAAAAAACUUUUAUAUUAUGGAGCAGAUGUUUCUUUGAGGAAAAAAUCUGGCGAUUCACCUCUCUCUGCAGCAUGUGAAAAUGGACAUACAAGCGUUGUACGGGAACUCCUUGCGCACUCGAAUGUUAACAAAGAUGACCAAAAUAUGAAAGGCUAUUCGCCUUUAUACCUUGCUUGUCAGAAUGGACAUGAGAAAAUCGUUACAAUAUUGUUACAAUAUGAUGCCGAUUGUAAUUUGCGCUCGGAUUUAGUGUCGUCACCAUUGUUUGUCGCAAGUGAAAAUGGGGACCUUUCUAUAGUGGAAACUUUGUUAAAACAUGGGGCUAGCGUCAACAUUCAAAAUAGUUUUGGUCAAGUUCCUUUACACGCAGCUUGCUACCAAAACCAUUUAGAAAUUGUUCGUGUUUUGUUGGAUAAGGAUAGCACAUCAGGGUCACUUAAUCAUCUAGAUAAGAAAAACAUGUCACCAUUGUACACAGCAUGCCAGUGCAUAGAAGGACAUUUUGAUAUCAUGGAACUAUUGUUGAAAAAAAAUGCCGAUGUCAAUAUUGGAAAGCAACCUCUCAUUAUGACAUGUGAAAACGGUUGCACCAAAAUGUCUAAAGCAUUAAUAGAACAUCACGCCAAUGUUAACUCAUGCGCCGAUGAUGGGGUUUCUCCACUUUUUAUGGCCUGUCAAAAUUGUCAUUUUGAAGAUGUAUGUCUACUCCUAAAAUCGGGUGCAGACCCAAAUCAAUGUCAUCAAAAUGGGGCAUCUCCUCUUGUCGUUGCUAGCCAAAAUGGCAAUUUGCAGAUCGUUAAGAAACUAUUGAAACAUGGAUGCAGCAUCAACAAGUGCACAGACGAUGGCGCGUCGCCUCUCUAUCUUGCCUCACAAAACGGCCAUUUUGAUGUUGUUUGUCAACUUAUUGAAGCCAAAGCUUAUUUGAAUAGACAAGACUCAGACGGAAAAACAGCCAUAUUCAAAGCUAGCCAAAAUGGUCAUCUGAAAAUUGUUACAAAAUUGGUCAAAAGUAAAGCAGAUAUAAAUUUAUGCAUGGAAAAUAAUGGUGAUACACCCGUGGAGAUUGCUAAAAAAAACAAUCACUCAGAUAUUGAAAUCUUUUUAAAAAAGAAUGAACGAUUGUCAGUACGAAAACAAUUUGUAUGAACUAAAUCAAACAAAGAAUACAACAGGCAAAUAUGGAAAGGAGAGGAUGUAAUACUAAAGGGAUUAGCUUAAUUCAUAAGUGAAAAGUAACCGACAAUUCACUGGCAAAACAGAAUAAUAUUCAAAUUACCAGGUUAAAAACUAAAUACUUACUGGUGUUGUUUUAUGUGAUGCGGAAGGGUACUCUGUUUCACAUGUAUUUGGCUUAGUUUUGAAUUUGGUAUACAAUUCUUGUCCUUAACAUUGUACUGACUAAUUCUUUUUUAGAUUAUGAUAAUAAAAUGGAUUAUUUUUC